AGACAGGUGAUAUUCUUCAAUCCCAUGGAAAAUCAGGGAGGAAGCCCACUAGAUGUGUGGUUUUUUUGGGAGUCUAGCCCAAUUUUCCCCUUUUCUGUUUCAGAAGGGCCCAAUUCAAUACAGCUCCCUCAAACUCCUCCUGUCCUCCAUCUUUCCUCAACUUUUUUGUAAACUGAAAAUUCCUGCGUGGCUUCCAGCCCCUCCCGGAAUGCAUAUUUUGUCUACUCCUCCGAAUCUAAUCCCCAGUGUUGAUAGUUCGACUCAUUCUCGUUGAGUCGCUUUUGUAAACCAAGCUCAUAGCUUCCCCUAUAUAUAUAGAAAAUUCCUGGAGAGGAUUGAAAAUUCCUGCGUUGACUAAACAUUGAUGAGAAUGGAUUGGUAUCUCUCUCAACUCUGAAGUCUGAACACUCAGGUGCGACGAAGAAUAACAAGAAGGGCACCAAAGAAGCUGCAAAGGUCCAAGCUUUUGGCGUCUGCUGGUGCUGGUAGAUUCCUAGUCAAAAGCUCAGUUGCCAUUUCACAGUUCGUCCAACAAAGGAUUUCUAACUGUAUUGUCUGUGAAUCAUGGGUGUAAUUGAGCUUUUGUGCAAUGCACCAUCAUCGUCACUUUGCAUUGACAGACUGAAAUUGAAUAGGGUAUUUGAAUAUCAGGGUAAUUGCAGUAGCAGAAGCAGAAGAAAAGUGCCUUCAUUUAGUGUCAUGGCCUCAACUAUUCCUGCAGCUGCUGUCAAUGACAAAGAGGAUAGUCAACAAGAGCAGUUAUCGCCUAAUGUUACUGGUGCCUCCUUUAUCCGACCUCAUCUUCUCAAAUUGAAACCUUAUCAGCCCAUUUUACCUUUUGAGGUGUUAUCUGCUCGGCUUGGUCGGAAACCAGAGGAUAUCGUAAAAUUGGAUGCAAAUGAAAAUCCAUAUGGGCCGCCUCCGGAGGUUUUUGAGGCUUUGGGAGCGAUGAAAUUUCCUUAUAUUUACCCUGACCCCGAAAGUCGCCGAUUGCGUGCAGCACUUGCUGAAGAUUCAGGUCUUGAAUCUGAAUACAUUCUUGUGGGCUGUGGGGCAGAUGAGCUAAUUGAUUUAAUCAUGCGAUGUGUGCUAGAGCCACGUGAUAAAAUAGUUGACUGCCCUCCUACAUUUACCAUGUACGAGUUUGAUGCAGCUGUUAAUGGUGCCAGUGUAAUCAAGGUACCCCGCAAGUCAGAUUUCAGCUUGGAUGUUGGACGAAUUGCUGAGGCUGUUGAGCAGGAGAAACCAAAAUGCAUAUUUUUAACUUCACCAAAUAAUCCAGAUGGGAGCAUAAUAGGAGAUGACACUCUUUUGCAGAUACUCAAGCUGCCGCUAUUGGUGGUUCUGGAUGAGGCCUACAUUGAGUUUUCUGGGUUGAAGUCUAGAAUGCAGUGGGUGAAGAAGCAUGAAAAUUUGAUUGUUCUCCGGACCUUUAGUAAGAGAGCUGGUUUAGCUGGUCUCCGAGUGGGUUAUGGAGCCUUUCCUUUGAGUAUCAUUGAGUAUCUGUGGAGAGCAAAGCAGCCAUAUAACGUGUCUGUUGCAGCUGAAGUGUCUGCAUGUGCAGCAUUGCAAAACUCUGUCUAUCUUGAAAAUGUCAAAGUGGCCCUUGUGCAAGAACGGGAAAGGCUGUUUAAACUUUUGAAGGAAGUACCAUUUCUUAAUCCAUAUCCAAGUUAUUCUAAUUUCAUUCUUUGCGAGGUUACAUCGGGAAUGGAUGCCAAGAAAUUGAAGGAGGACCUGGCCAAAAUGGGGGUGAUGAUUCGUCAUUACAAUAACAAGGAAUUGUCAGGUUAUGUUCGUGUGUCUGUGGGCAAGCCAGAGCAGACAGAUGCAUUAAUGGAUUGUUUACGGAGCUUUGUCUAAUUGCAAUGGAGUGCUUGUUUGCUGUCUGAGAGGAGACUGAGGUCCAGAAACUACUGAUCGUGACUUUUGAUUGGCCAACAAAGUUAUCAGAGGUGCUCAGGAUUUCAUCACCUGCCUGAUUCAAUCACCGGCGAAGCCUCCUCCGUGUUGGCAGAUCACCUGAAGGUCUUUGAGAUGAUUUCCUGGCUGGAAUGCUCGGGUCCCCUCGUCAGUGUUGGCAGAUUUGCUUCAGAUAAAUGUUUUGGGCCAAAAUGAAGAUUUCAAUUGCUCCUAAAAGUUGCAUCUUUUUUGCAGACCUUUUAAGUCAAACAACCUACCUGUAGACUCAUUCUUUCUAUAGUGGUUGUUAGUAUUAGAUUUUGGUACUGUGCAUCGAGACAUCUUGUAAGCAAUUGCAAAUAUCCUCAACAUUCAGUGAUUAUGCAAGGAAUUUGGGUUGAUGUCCGAAUGAUGUCUCUUUGUUUUCUGCAGCUGAUUAUUAGUGGUCGAAUGUUGUAAGAUUGUGCCACUUCUGCAGUCUUAGUUUUUUAACAUUACAUCGGAGAGACUGACAGUUUCAGUUGACAGACUUUUUAAGGACAUAACCAAGAAGUAAACCAAACUUAAUUCGAAAGAAUCCUGCAAAUAGCGCCCUCUUUUCUUUAAGAACAAAAAGAAAAGUAUCCCUCUUCGUCCCAAAAUUAUCGUCCGAGAGUUGGAUCAGAAG